AUGGCCAAGGGCCAGGAUCCCAACAGCGUCAUCCCGGCCCUCAAGGGCAGGAGGGCCAUCUUCAUCUUCGCCAGUCCUAGCGACCAGGUGCAGGUGGCAGCGCUGCGUGACUUCGUCCAGGCGAUGGAUGCUGUUGGCAGCGACGCAGCGCCAAUGAUUUGGGCACCACACACCGUCACUCCUGAGAUUCGCCCGCACAACGCUGUUGUUGACCCUACACCGAAUGACGGGCGCAAUUUGGUCAGCGAUUUGAUGGAGAUCGGGCUUGACGGCAUUAUCUCGGGAGAGCCGCAAGGUCCAGCGCUGGCGCUAACGAUGCGCAUGUGGGUGCACAAGAUCGAGAUGGCUGCACAAACCCUGACGGAGGUCAUGUAUGAGAGGAAGCGUCGGGCCCAAAACGUGGAGUACUUCAAGGCCCACACCGACAGCCUGCUUUGGGACUACCUGCGAAAUCGGCUCGCGCCUGUCGUCCCGCCUUGCGACCGACAUCUCCCAGAAGGCAUACCGAGCCACAUAGACGGAUGGUCCUUUGGCAGUUCCCGCAGAACUCCCAGCGGCGUGGUUUAUCGGCUAAACCGCCGUCGGCAAGACAGCGCCAGUGGUUCCGCUCGCGAGGUCGCACGGCUUGUUGAUAAAUCCACCAUCCGAGACAUCAACGGCAUCAUGUCCCUGAAGCGAAUGGUGGACGUCCUCUGGAUGGUUAGCUGCGACAAAUGGCAGCACCCAAAUAUUCAGAGGCUCCUUCAGAUCUACCACUCUCCGACCCACAUCAUCAUGCGGAUGGAGUACUCCGGUGCUGGAAGCCUCCAUGACCGCCUUGUGCGGCGGAGUCGAAGGCCGCUGUCGUUUCCCAAAACGUCGCAGAUCUUGCAACAGAUCUUCCGGGCAGUGACCCACCUCCACCUGGCAGCAAAGGUGUGCCAUCGAGAUCUCAAGCCAGAGAACUUCGACUUGCACGAGACGCCGGACAUGGUGUCGGUAAAGUUGACGGGCUUCCAGCUCGCCUUCGUCUUGGAGGAAGUGCUGCUCUGCCACCAGAAGUGCGGGACGCUGCCCUUUGUGGCUCCGGAAGUGCUGAAGGGCGAAGGGUAUCAUGCUUUGCCGGUUGACCUCUGGGGUGUCGGCAUCAGCGUCAUCGAAAUUCUCUGUGGGACGCGUGCAGUCGAUGAGGCCUUGGGUAUCUCAGAAGAGGACCACCCUGGGCUCGCAUACCGCUGGCCGGAUGGUUCCUUCUUACAGCAACUUCUGGCAGGUUUCCAGGAGCCUGGUUCUGCUGGGCAGCUACUGCAGAUGCGCUGCAUGCCACAGCUGCGACCCUUCCUGCCCUCGCUUCAGCCUGUGGUGGAUGGCCUGCUGAAGGUGGAUCCGGAGGACCGGUGGACAGCAAUCGAGCUGCAAGCCACCGUGGAGCUGGUACCCAAAGGCCCUCCUAUGGCGCCUCCGCCCUUAUCGCCGCUACCGCAGAUGCUGCUUCCUGACCACGAGGACACGCAGUCCGUCCAGAUGCUGGAAGAGCAGGAAGAGCCGGCGUCGUUGGUGCGCAACGAGUCUGCCAAAACAGCUGGCACUCUCGGAGGACCUGGCUUUCAUGCCUUGCAGGACGACUGA